AUGGUCGUGGACGUGGACAUGGAAGUGGACGUGGUCGUGGUCGUGGUCGUGGACAUGGACGUGGACGUGGACGUGCACAUGGACGUGCACGUCGACGUGGACGUGGUCAUGGACGUGGACGUGGACGUGGACGUAGACGUGGACAUGGUCGUGGACAUGGACGUGGAAGUGGACGUGGUCGUGGUCGUGAACAUGGACGUGGACGUGGACAUGGACGUGGACGUGGACGUGGAUGUCGACGUGGACAUGGACGUGGACGUGGAUGUGGACGUGGACGUGGACGUGGACAUGGACGUGGACGUGGACAUGGACGUGGACGUGGACGUGGACGUGGACAUGGUCGUGGACAUGGACCUGGACGUGGACGUGGACGUGGACGUGGACAUGCACGUGGACGUGGACGUGGACAUGGACGUGGACGUGGACGUGGACGUCGACAUGGACGUGGACAUGGAUGUGGACGUGGACGUGGACGUGGACGUGGACGUGGACGUGGACGUGGACGUGGACAUGGACCUGGACGUGGACGUGGACGUGGACGUAGACAUGGACGUGGACGUGGACGUGGACAUGGACGUGGACGUGGACGUGGACAUCGACGUGGACGUGGACGUGGACAUGGAUGUGGACGAGGACGUGGACGUGGAGGACUUGGACGUGGACAUGGACGUGGACGUGGACGUGGACGUGGACAUGGACGUGGACGUGGACAUGGACGUGGACGUGGACGUGGAUGUGGACGUGGACGUGGAUGUGGACGUGGACGUGGACGUGGACGUGGACGUGGACAUGGACAUGGACGUGGACGUGGACGUGGACGUGGACGUAGACGUGGACAUGGACAUGGACGUGGACGUGGACGUGGACGUCGACAUGGACAUGGACGUGGACAUGGACAUGGACAUGGACGUGGACAUGGACAUGGACAUAGACGUGGACAUGGACAUGGACAUGGACAUGGACAUGGACAUGGACGUGGACAUGGACAUGGACAUGGACAUGGACGUGGACGUGGACGUGGACGUGGACAUGGACGUGGACGUGGACAUGGUCGUAGACAUGGACCUGGACGUGGACGUGGACGUGGACGUGGACAUGGACGUGGACGUGGACGUGGACGUGGAUGUGGACCUGGACAUGGACGUGCACGUGGACGUGGACGUCGACGUGGACGUGGACGUGGACGUGGACGUGGUCUUGAACAUGGACCUGGACGUGGACGUGGACAUGGAUGGGACAUGGUUGUGGACGUGGACGUAG